GCUCGCUCUGAACGAUGAGCUCGUCUUCUCUCUCGUUCCGUUUCGCGGUUCCAUCACUGGGCUCGCGUCCAGCUCCGAAGAACAGACCUCUCAGCCUUCCUCGGCUUCGCCAUCGCCUCGGCCUGCAAGGGCGCCGUCGUUCGGCGCGGUCUCUCUGCUCACGCCACCGCUCUCUCGGCCUCCGACCGGAGUCUCCGCGUCCCAAUGCGUUCGAAUCGCUCGGCUGUGCCGCUGUCUUCUUGGCUCUCGGCUUCGGCUUCGGCUUCGCCUCCGUCGCUCUCUCGCUUCCUCCCGUCGCACUUGCCUCCGAUUCCCACACUUCCACCUCAGUUCACCAAGAGGAAAGCCAAACUCCAGAUGGUGCUGGCGACGAGGAACAAGAGCGUGGAAGGAAAGUUGUAGCAAAAGAAGAGGAAGAUAAGGAGUUGGAGGAAGCGUUUGAGAGAUGGAAGUCCAAGUCGUACGCUUUGACUGUUCCGCUGAGGGUCGUUGCUCUUCGCGGCUCCGUGCCGCCUCCUUGGGUUAAGGAAUUUAUGCAGUCCCAAGGAAAGAGAGCAAGGCUACAACUUAAGCUGCGGGAGAGUCUUGACGCCAUAUUUUCAGACGUGUCAACUGCUUUUGCCAAAGGCAAUGUCAAGCCCACAUCUACUGCUGCUGCUGAUGUUGUCACUAUUGGUGACUCAUGGCUUGAUCUAGCUAUAAAGACGGGCUUGAUCGAGCCUAUAGAAGGGGCAGAAGACCAGGAUUGGUUUUCUGGCUUAAAUGAAAAAAUGGAAGGAGCAAGUGAAUGGGGACAUCUCAUUACCAGGAGCAUGUUGUCUGUUUGCUCGGAUGUUUGUUGCUCUCAACCAGAUAGGCAGUUUGGUUUAUUGUGGAGAAGGAAUUGUGGGGGGGCUACUGAUGCUGGUGGUAAAGUAUGGGCAGCUCCCUAUCGCUGGGGAAGCAUGGUGAUAGCUUACAAAAAAAGCAAAUUCAAAAGGCUCAAUAUGGCUCCUAUAGAGCCCAGUUUGCAGAGCUCCCACAAUGCGGGGGGGUAUGGGGAAGGGUCAAACCACUUUGGGUCUCAGGACUGGAAGGAUUUGUGGAGGCCUGAGCUUGCUGGGAGAAUUUCAAUGGUUGAUAGUCCUAGAGAGGUUAUUGGUACUGUUUUGAAGUACAUGGGGGCAUCAUACAACACAAAUGACAUUGACUCAAAAGUAGUUGGUGGAAAGAAUGCUGUCAGGCAAAAUCUGGCGUCACUUGUAAAGCAGGUUCGACUCUUUGACAGUACUCACUAUUUAAAAGCUUUUGGGGUGGAAGAUGUAUGGGUGGCUGUUGGGUGGAGCAGUGAUGUCCUUCCUGUUGCCAAAAAGAUGCGCAAUGUUGCUGUCAUUGUGCCAAAAUCUGGAGCAAGCUUAUGGGCAGAUCUGUGGGCUGUCCCUGCUGCCUCGAAGAUAGGCACUAACCAAAUCGGAGGUCGCAUUAGAGGCCCAUCUCCAUUAAUCCAUCAAUGGAUUGAAUUCUGCUUGCAAUCUGGAAGAGCACUACCUUUCCAACAGGGAGUACUUCCAGGUGCUGUUCCUCUGGCCAUUAAUAGCCCAGUCAUUGAAACGCCAAAAGAGUUCGCCAAUGUUAAUAGGCCAAAGCUAGAUACGAACCUUGUGGCUGGAGUACCUCCUCCGCACAUACUUAACAGGUGCGAGUUUUUGGAACCACUGCCUGAGGCUAUGGUCUCUGAUUAUGAGUGGCUGAUUAGAAGUAUGCAGACAUCUGGCCCUGGUUUUAUUGAGCGUUUGCAGCAUAAGAUGUCUAUGGUGAUACGGGUCCUUCAGCUCAAGCUUCAUGCCAAGAUAAGUCGAAACAACGCUGAGUCAUGAGGUGCCAAACUUAAUUAGCUGAUCGGCGGAGUAGUUUUCUCUUCCUUUGACUUAAAAGGACACGAGCACAAAUUUAUUUAGAAAUGCGAAGGGCACUCGAAGGAAAUGGAAAUUGAUUCUCUGGAAAAUGCAAUAGAUAAUCUUUUGUCAAAUUUAGUCAUAUGCGUCAGAAAAGGCUUCUUUUUGGAUUCGAACUUCGUUGUCAUGCAGAUACUUAUCGGGGCAAUACCAUGUGUACGGGAUACAGUAAAUGUUAUGAAAUGACAUGUUUGUAAUUGGGCUACUCCUGUAACAGCAGUUGUGAAAGAUUCAUUAGGAAGAGGGGAAAGCUUGUUGUA